CUUAGCUUACAGCUGUCAGUUUCAUGUUUUUCCUCCCUCUUUAUACAGAUGAAGGCAAUAUACGAAAAUGUCACCAAUUAUAAAGAUGUGAAUAUCCGUUCUCUGAAGAAUGGGAGUAUUGUUGUGGAUUAUGAUAUCAUCUUAGAAAUGGACUAUAAUUCUGAAGUAAAUAUAGACAAGAACUAUGAAGACCUUUUUGGUAUAGUGCAGGCCCAGCUAAUCUCAGGCAAUUGUUCAGAUGAAAAUAUAGGUUAUUGCUUCACAGAACCCAAUGUCACAGAAGUCCCUGUCCCAACAGCAGAAGAACUCUGCAUGGACUCCAUUGAACCUGGUUAUAGGGAAUUUUACACACCAAAACUUACAGCCAGUGGGUUGUCUUGCAUAUCCCAUUGUGAAAAGGAAUCCCCAGAAUUCGAGAACUGUAAUUCUGGUAACUGCCAAAUACGGGAGAUUGGCCCGAUGUGCUUGUGUCCAGAGACAGAAAAAUACUUAUAUACCUUAUCAAGAUGCAGAGGACGAAUGCUGAAGGCUGCUUUGUAUGGAGGUGUCGGAGCCGGCAUGGCUGUGUUGGCCAUUAUUAUACUUACUGUAGGAAUACUCCUGUGCAAAGCCAAACAGCCAAAGAAACGCAAGGACCCCUUCUCUAAAGACCAAGAGGGAAAAUGGUAUGAAGAUAAUGAUGAUGAUGAAUGGACUGUUAAACGAGGACUAAGCAACUCGGGAUCAGAACAGGGACAGAAUGAUGGUUACAAGAAAGGAAUGGCCAACUAUGAAAAUUUCAGACCUACUCUGGAAAAUGUUGACACCAAAACUGAGGUGAAGAUACAGAGACCACAGGUUUCCAGAAGAUGGUGAACUAGUAGAUUACAAGUAGACUAGAAGGUAACACAGAGAUGCUAAACCUAUAUACUAAAUUCAAGCAGUUCCAAGUCACCAGGACCAGAGAGCACAUGGUACUUUGAACAAUGGACCCAACUGUCCUUUUCCAUAUAAUUGCUACAGUACUAAAGGUGGACAUAAAUACAGAGAUGUCGACCCACUGGAAGUGAUUUGCCAAUACCAGUGAAACGUACCAGAUACAUUGUUAUAGUCAUGCCCAGUUACACUAUGACCACACCCAGCACCUCCCUACACACACCCUGAAAUCUAGUUGACUACUAGUUGGUGUUCGCUGGUUGCAAUUGGUCCUUCUUUACUUGCUUUCCCCAACAUGUGCUGCUAAUCACCUCCCUCUCACCUGUGCCGCUACAUUGUAACGAGAAACAUAUUUAUCCUCUGCCGAUGUCGCUUCUUCUUUAUCGAUUUUUGUAAUUUGCACCAUUUAAUAAACUUGUCUUUUUUUAUACUAAGCAAUAAAAAUAUUGUUCUUUGUUACUAUAUACUAAUUGUUUUUUCCUUGUAUCCAACGUAA